AUGGUUGCCAAAUGGAUGGUUUUUGAAGGGAAUGUUAAUUUAAAGCCAAAUCGAGUGAUUGUACAGAUCAGUAAAAAGAAAUUAGUUGGUCAUUGGUGCAUGGAAUUUGAAGGUGGGGAAAAGGCAUCAAGUGAAACCCACCGCUACCCCAGGCCACCAGUUGAGUAG